CUAAGAAUACUAUUUAACAAAUGUUAGAACAGACCAGGAUAUAAGUAGUUUCAAAGCAGUGUUAGGUCUAACACAGUUCUAUUUACAUUAUGCUUCUUAUUUUAUUGUUAGCUGCUAGUUGUGACUCCUGGAAGAUUAGGAAUCAUGAUAAGGAGCUUUCAAGUGAAAACCUGAUGCCGAGCUGGGAAGAAACCGAACAUUAUGAAAUUGUUAAUGAAGAAGUAGAAGAUAUUCCUGAAAUAACAAGUACUGAUAUCCAGAAGCUAAAAUACUGGCUCGAACAUCAACAAUUAAAGAAAAAAAGUGUUAGGAAAUGUAGAUGUAAAACCUCAUCCAAACCACCACGGAAUAAUAAGAGGAAAUCUGAAAAAUCAAGUCCAUCUUGGAAGACCACUGUAACAAGCUCCUCAACUUGGGCUGAAACUGAUCCGGCAUCAACAAUGAAUACUGACACAACUCAGAUGAAGGAUGUAGAAAGUCAGAAGGUGGAAAAUGUGACCACAUUAGAACCUAUGAAAGUAUCUGUAACUGAAGUCAAUAAGACUUCCAAUCCUUCUGAUGGAGCUGACUAUUUUGAUCCUUAGAGGGCUUUAACUGCCAUCACUAAGAAGUCUUUAAUCACUGAAAUUGAAUGAGUUCUGAAACUUAUUUUUAACCUAUUAAAUCUGAAACUGAUUUUUAACCUAUUAAAUCUUUAGUUAAUAAAGAAUUACUUAGAAUUAA